AUGAAAGAAGCAAUUGUCAAGAAAGAUACCUCGGUCGAGAUCAUCGAUUCUCCCAUUCCCAAGCCAGGCCCAGGCGACGUCCUCAUCAAGGUUGUCAUCGCAGGUACCAACCCCAAGGACUGGAAGAUUCCCGUUUGGCUCGGCGAAGAUUCCAAUACCGGUGAUGACAUCGCCGGCAUCGUCGAAGCCGUAGGUGAAAAUGUCGUCGGCUUCCACAAAGGCGACCGCGUAGCCGCCUUCCACGAAAUGAGAACUCCCCACGGUGCGUUCGCAGAGUACGCGACUGCGCCAUACUACACAACCUUCCAUAUCCCCGACUCAGUAUCUUUCGAGGAGGCUGCGACCAUCCCUCUCGCCGCGUACACUUCUGUCUGCGCUUUGUUCCAGGAGCUUGAAUUCCCCGAGCCUUGGUCACCACUCGCCAAGACUGAGACCAAGCGGCCUCUUCUCAUUUACGGAGCCAGUACUGCUACCGGAGCUUACGGUAUCAAGCUAGCCGCUGCUGCUAAUGUCCAUCCGAUCAUCGCAGUUGGAAGCCAGCGCAGUGCAUUCAUCAAGCCAUUCCUUGACGAGAGCAAGGGAGAUGUGCUUGUUGACUACACAGCUUACAAGACUGAGGAAGAGCUAUUAAAGGCUAUUCAAGAGGCUUUCAAGCAAGGCGGCGCUCCAGACGGUCGAUGCUGGAAGGCCUUUGACAGUGUCUCGGAAGAUUCCACCGUUAGAACUGUUACAAAGGCCAUCGCUGGUCCUCCAGACUCAACUGGCCGUAAGCCAAAGAUGACCAAUAUCUUGAUGAAGAAAGAAGUUGAAGGUGCCGACCCCACUGUAGACAUCGUUUUCUCGAUGGUUGGCCAGGUUCAUGAUAAAGAUGAAAAGAGCAAGUUACUCGGGGUUGUAUGGGGCGCAGCGUUCGCUAGGGGUCUUCGAGAGGGUUGGUUCACAGCCCAUCCCUACGUCAUUGGUAAGAACGGUUUGGAAGGUCUCUCUGAGGGUCUGAAGGGUUUGAAGGAUGGCAAGACGAGAGCUCAGAAGUUCUUGACUGUCAUUGGUGAGACACCAGGAGUCAGCGCUUAG